AUGUGCAAAAGCAGGAAACGUGCUGCACAGGCCGAAGCUCUUGUUACGGCUUACCAGAUGGGUUCUCAACAGCGACUAUACAGCGCAGUCGAUGCGGACCAACCUCCUACGUAUAGCGAUCCGCUAGGAGAACCAUCGGCGCAGAUCUAUGAGAAUGAUCUCCACACCAAAGCGAAGCACGUGGAAUUGGACCACACCCAAGCAAGGAGCCCGCCGAAUGCAGCGCACGGCGCAUCUACCGGACCAGUUGGCGUGCCCCUAAGGGCUGAAUGUGGAUCAGAUCGAACCGCCCGGCGGAGGUACAUCAUGCUGGGACUCUUCGGAAUUCUGUUUUGCCGACGGAAGCUGAGGAAGUGGUCCGGCCGGAGGGAACGCAGAUAUCGCGGGGUGUACCACUGGGUGGAAAGCUCGCUGGCCAUCGCACUGGUUGCGUCGAUGCUUAAGGCGCUUGUGAGGCGGCUAUGA